AUGAAGGACCCUGACUUCAUUGUCAUAGGUGGAGGCAUUGGUGGUUUAGUAGUCGCGAACCGCCUAAGCGAACAUGAAGACAAGAAGGUGUUGCUGAUCGAAGCGGGCAAGCAUCGUUAUGGAGACCCAAAGAUCGACACUGUUGGUAUGCUGUCAACGCUUUAUGGAGAUCCUGAAUACGAUUGGGACUUUAUGACCGAGCCUCAAGUAAGUUGGACACGGCAGUAUAAUCUCACGCUUUAUCCGAGGCACGUGUCUGACAAUUGCCAACAGACGCACGUACAUGGCAGGCAGAUCCCGCACCCGCGAGGCAAAGUGCUCGGCGGCUCUAGCGCAAUCAACUUCUGUGCAAAUGUAUAUCCUUCCAAGGCCAACUUUGAAGCCUGGAAAGCACUCGGGAACAAUGGGUGGGACGCUGAUGGGCUUGCGCCGUACUUUCGCAAGUACAGUCGGUUCACGCCACCGAGUCCUGAAACAAAGAAGCUUCUCAGCAUUGACUACAUCAAUGAAGAGUUGCAUGGUAAGGAGGGUCCUUUGCCUGUGACCAUCCCAGAUGUCUAUGGACCCUUCCAGGCAUCUUGGGUUAAGGCAUUCGAUAAGCUUGGCUGGUGCAAUACCGAUGACCCUAUUGAAGGCGAGAAGCUGGGUACAUUUGUCUGUGGGUUGACCAUCGAUCCGGGCACCAAAACUCGCGGCUACGCAGCAUCAGCCUACUACACGUCAGAGGUUGCCACGAGGGCCAAUCUGCAAGUCCUAACCGAGACUUUCGUUGAGAAGAUACUGACUAAGAUUGUCGAUGGCUUGGUUGUGGCUACUGGUGUAAGGGUGCAAACGAACGACGGCGCUCAUCACGAGAUCUUCGCGAAGAAAGAAGUCAUUUUGUCCGCAGGGACCAUCCAGUCGCCUCAGAUUCUUGAGCUGUCCGGCAUCGGCCAAAAAGAACUCCUCGAGAAGCAUGGUAUUCCCGUGGUCCUCAAUAGCCCCGGUGUUGGCGAGAAUCUCCAGGACCAUGCCAUAUCGGCUCCAUGUUUCGAGAUUGCAGACGAUCAGAUCUCAGCGGACGUCAUGCGGGAUCCUAACAUUGUACAGGCUGCAUUGCAGCAAUACAUGACAACUAAGUCUGGGCCACUCGUUGGCAUACCAAUCAGUGUCACUAUGCUUCCGUUCGUAGACUCGAAUGGUCGUGUGAGCCAUGAUGAGAUCGCCAAGCUGAUAAAUCAGUACGUCGACGGCCCAGAUCUUCCUAUUUGGCAGAAGAAACAGUAUGAACUGCUCCAAAACCAGAUCUUGGAACCCAAUGAAGCGGCUGGUUACGCGAUGAUGCUGCCACUUCAGCUCAACAUCUCUUCCGGAAAGACGGAAAUGAAAGAAUUGCUCGCACCAACCAACCCUAAGAAUUUCAUCACAAUCAUGGCGGUCAACAACCACCCAUUCUCACGCGGGUUUUGCCACAUCCGAUCUGCGAACCCAAGGGACAAGCCGAUCUUGGAUCCGAGAUAUCUCUCUCAUCCGCUAGACCUGGAAGUCCUAGCGCGGCAGACGCAGUACAUAGAAAAGAUCGUUGAGACCCAGCCGUUUGCCUCUUUGCUCAAACCAAGUGGACGAUUACCCGAGGGCAAAAUGGCAACGGACUUGGACGCAGCAAAGGAGAUCGUCAAGGAGCGAUUGCUGAGCACUUUCCAUCCUGUGGGUACAUGCGCAAUGAUGUCGAAGGAGAUCGGAGGUGUGGUGGACAGCAGACUGAAAGUGUAUGGGACCAAGAACUUAAGAGUUGUGGAUGCAUCCGUGUUCCCAUUGGAGACGUUGGGAAACAUCCAGGCGACGGUGUAUGCGGUAGCAGAGAAGGCGGCUGAUCUCAUCAAGGAAGACUGGGCGUAA